GGGUAAUCGCGCGAAACGAAAGAAAGUUGUGAGAUGGGGAAUUACGGCUGAGAGUACUAUCAAAAUAUACCAAUCGCAGACGGUAAAAACACGCACUGCACUGAUUUCACAGGUACCAUCAUAAAAGUCUCACUUGGUAGGAGUAUAGAUUGACUGAUUCCUGGCUCCUUAUUCCGUAGCCUGAAAAAAUGAAUUCGUAUGCUUUAAAUUACGAUGUAAGUAUUUAGUUUAUUUAGACUUAUCACUCUAACUCUAACUAACUAGUGUCUAGUCUAGUCCAACUCUAAAACGUAGAGUUUAGAGUAAAAAGAAUACAAUUAACAUAUUUAUUAAAUUAUAUCAAUCAAUCAUCAUUUUAAUUUUUUGUGUGAAUCCAGUGAUUGUGAUUGAUGAUUUCAGAUAAAACUACUCUUAGCCUACUUACUUAUAUUAUAUUUAACCUACGGACUUUUCUCAACUAUUUUUAAAACUUAAUGAACUUAAUUUAAUGUCUCACAGUUAAUAACACAACGUCUCUUAGUUAAUGUUAUAGUUGUAGUAGUGGUAGCCUAACUUAGUCUAAGUAAAGCCCGGACAAGCCAUUGACUUGCUCCCCCCCCCCCCCCCAAAAAAAAAAAAAAAAAUGCUCCCCCCCCCCCCCGAAAAAGAAAAAGAACAAAUAAAUUAAAUAGGUCGAUAAAAUUACUUGUAAUUUUAUUAAUAAUGAAUAUUACUUAAGAUUCAGAUAAACAGGAUCUGGCAUAGUAAUAGUAAUAUUAAAUUAUAGCUAUCCAGAUCCAUGAUGAAUUACUAGUAGUAGUACUGUAGUACACUACAGUUACAGUACCAGACUGUAGACUAUUAACAUUAAGAAAAUGAUACAAUGCCCAUGUCAUAUAUUAUUAUUAAUUUAAAAGUCAUAUCAUAGCAUAGCUUAUUAACUGCAUUUCAUUGAAAACAUAGCUAGACUCCAGUCUUUAUGAAAAUGAAAGUUUAUGUCAUCAUAAGUUUUUUCUAAUGUCAUCUAUUAAAUUCUAUUCAUAUGUAAUAUGUAUAUAUUUGUUAUUAACCUAUGGCCAUGGCUUACUUAAUGUCUAUGUCUUCACUGCAGUAAAUUUGCAAUUCUAAUAAAUUAUAUACUUAUGUCCUUAUGUUACUGUUAACCUAUAAGUAUGGACAAAAACCUAUAAACUAAUGGGUUGGGGGGGGGGGGGUGAAAAUCCUGCAUUAUAAUCAAUUGCCGCCCCUACAUUGUAAUUUACAAUAAAUGUAGUUCAAGAAAAAGGCGUAGCUAGAGUUGGUGUCACACCCCCCCACCCCUUUUUUUUUCCCCUGACUUCCACGAUGUAAUUUAUUGUAAUUCUUCUUGUUAAACUUAGUCCACAGUAUAGCAUUGACAAGAACAAAAACAAAUUAAUUGAAAGUCAGGAGGUAAAUGUAUAUAAGAACUCUGACAUGUACUUAGAAUCGCCCAUUGUUAUCAAAGGAUAGCUUUAUUGCUCAGAAUUUAGGUAAAUAUCGCUUCCUGUCACUUACAAAAGUUACCUAAAACUUUAUUCAGCGUAGAAUCAUGGUCAAAACGUGUAUUUCUGACCUAAUAAUAAGGUAAUCUAAUUGCUGACGCAUCAACCUUGAAAUUUUAAUAAUACACACAUUUGGAAUGGUUACAUGGGUGGAAAAUGUACGUGUCAUCGGAUAUCCUUUUAUGAAUUUUGGUUAGACAGAUCAGUGUUUGCUCUGUAAAUAUGCAAUUUUUCAAUUUGGUGUCACACCCUGAGCUGGGGAGAUACCUUUACCCCUGGUUAAGAACCACUGUUCUAGUGAAAUGUUUCUGACAUAUGUACAGUAAUUUGAUAUCCAUGGGAGGUGAAUUUCUUACAGGUUUGUAAAGGACAGUAGUGGACACAAGGAAUUUUUUAGGGGGGGGGGGGGGGGGCAGGGUUUUGUGAGGUUUAUUGGGGGGGGGGGGUGUCAAAAAUCGGCAAAAUUUGCAUGACGUCAUUUAUGGAUGGCCCCUAACUGAUAAAUCAAAUAGAAUAAAUGUAGUGAAUAUUGACCACAAGUCCUACUUCUGAAAGCAUAAUUUAUUCCAUAGAGGUAGAGGGAUCAAUGGAAAAAUUGGUGGUUGUAACUGUGUUUUUUUUUGUUGUUUUUUUACAUCUUUCCCCCUUCUUCCCUCCCACGGCCACAUUUAACCAUUUUGAGUACUCCUUUUAUGUUCAUGUCUCUAAAUGUGUUGCUGGCAUCAUUGACCAAAAAAUGGCAGACACGACACAUAAAUAAGAGUUGUACUCAAAAGGCAUAACAUCUCUGUCCCAAUGAUUACAUUUCUUGUGCUUAAUUUACCUUAGAUUUAGCAUAAUUUAAAGCUCUGCUACAUUAGAUAAUGUUAAAAUUAAAAAUAAACCAGGCUUACUUAGUUACUUUGAUGCUAACACUCACAUUAUGUUUAAGUUCAAAAUUGACAUAAUCAUCCAUAUGUUGCCAGAAUUUAUUAUUUUGAGAUAUCCCAAACAAAAACUCUGAAAUUUGGGGGUUCAACUUUAAAUAAGUUACUGGUUUUUGGAAAUUUAUAACAUUACAUACAUGCCAAUCUGGGGGAUCGAAAAAUGACAAAAAUUCACACAAAAACUGUACAACAGCAUGAAAAACUGUACAGAAAAAAAAAAUUAAAGUAAAAUAAAAUUUAAAGUCUGUUUUAUAAUUUUUAAAAUUUAAUUAUCAAUUUGUUGAACUUGAUGGUGAUCCAAUUGAUGAGACAUGGGUCAGCCACUCACUUAAGAAAUUUCCCUUGUGCGUGUCGAAUGCAACUUUCUUUCAAAAAAAUUAGUUUCACCUAUUUAAUUGGAAGUUUCCAGCUGGAGUAAAAUAUUAAAUUAAAAAAGAAUAUAAUUUAAAAUUCUCAUUGAUUUCAUCUCUAAAUAACCUUCAGCCUACUAUUACAGUGAAAAAAUCAUGGCUGGUAUAGAUUUAGAAAGUGUUGACAAGCUUUAGCUUUAAAAAGUGUUAACAAGCUUUGGCAUUUACUUUAGAAAGUGUUGAGACAUUAAAUUAGUCAUGCCAUAAUAAUAUAUAGGCAAAAUAGCUAAAUCAAUUUAUUGUUAGUGAUAUUAACAUUAUUUAUUUUGUAGAAAUUAAUAAAAAAAACAUCUACUGACACUGUAGGUCUUGCCAAGUAAUUUACAAAUGAAUUUCCCAUUAUUGAUUGCUACACUAAGUUGUUGCUACAGUACAACGCUGCCUAUUGAAGAAUUUUAUCAAUGAUGCAACAUAUCACGUACAUAUUUUUCCAUUGAAACUGCGCUCCCAUUACAUACUUAAUUGGUUGACCAAUCUUAAGUUUUGAGCCAAAUUUCAUUUUACAGUACUAAUAGGAUUUAAGCUUCCUUUUUUAUCGUUAUUGACUGAUAAUUGUUGUGUGCAAAUAUACAUUUUUUUUUUUUCAUGUUCACACAUUUUUAAAAGUUUUUUGUUUCAUUGGGUUUUUUAAAAAAUAUUUUUUUUACUAAAUCCAGUUAAACAGUCCUGUAUGGCUGUAAAACCGGGAAUAUGUUAAAAAAAACAUACUAAGCACUGAUAAACCCUACAGGUUGGAAUGUAUGACAUUAUCAGCAACAUGAUAUUUGUGGUCAGAAAAUAAAAUAAUAAAUUUACCACAUUGUUGAUGCAAAAAUUUAUAGGAUGAAGUUGAGCCUGUCACACGUCUCAAGACUGCCAUAGAUAUUGCAGAACUAGGAAGCUCAAAUUCUCAAGGAGUAGAAUUUGAAGUAGAGAAUGAAAAUGAGGGUAUGUUGAAAAGUGCCUAAAUGUAGUAUACGAAUUAAUGCAUCUUACAAUAACCUUUUACUUAUACAUCUUUUCCCUUGAGCUUGGCUUCUGUUUCAUCUGUUUUUAUUAUUGAUUAAAUCUGCCUAGUAUUUCAUUUGCAAAUAUGUACUUUUUCUUCCUUAUAACAGAUUUUUUCAAAAAGUUUAACAAGAAUUUGCAAUUUCUGAAAGAUUUUUUUUUUUUUUUUUUUGCUUUUGCUGAUUUUGUUUACUUUUUUUUUAAUAAAAGGAAAUUUUCAUAUAAUUUAUUUAUAUUAUGAUUUAAAAACUUAUAACAGAUUUUUUCAAAAAGUUUAACAAGAAUUUGCAAUUUCUGAAAGAUUUUUUUUUUUUUUUUUUUGCUUGUGCUGAUUUUGUUUACUUUUUUUUUAAAAAAAGGAAAUUUUCAUAUAAUUAAUUUAUAUGAUGAUUUAAAAAUAUUAAUUAUAUUUAGGCCAAGAGGAAGAGACAGACAUACAUACUUUUAACAAAACUGAAGUGGUUUCAAACAUCUGUCUUAUAUCCGAUGAUGAGGAGGAAGAUGAUGACGGAGAGUAUCUUACAGAAGUAGAGAAACUUUGGAAAAGGUUUUCCCGUACUAUAGACAGUGAUAUUACCCCAGCCCAAGAUGGAGGUGUACUUAAGCAGAUGAAGAAUCCUGGCACUGGCGAUAUCAUACCAUAUGAAGCCCUUGUUACAGGUUAGUGUAAACUUAGCUGAAAGAACUUUAAAAAUUAUGUAAAAAAUAUCUGUAUAUUGUUAGAUCAAUUCUAGUGCUCUGAUCUUGAAUAAUUGUUUUCAUGUCUAUUUUUAUAUUUAAAUAACUUUUUUUUUUUUGGCUGAUCCAGAACACAUUUUUUUUUUGUUACUCUCUUCAUAGUCAACAUUUUGCUCAUGCCUAUAAUGCAAACAUUGUUUUUUUUACUCUCUUCAUAGUCAACAUUUUGAUCAUGCCUAUAAUGCAAACAUUGUUUUUUUUACUCUCUUCAUAGUCAACAUUUUCCUCAUGCCUAUAAUGCAAACAUUGUUUUUUUUUACUCUCUUCAUAGUCAACAUUUUGCUCAUGCCUAUAAUGCAAACAUUGUUUUUUAGUUAUUUUUCAAAUUAGACCUUAUAACACAAGCUUCUUUAAUGUUGCAGCCAAGAAUCUGUAAUAGAGUUUGAGAAAUACAUUUUUUGUUUACUUCUGUUCAGUACAUUAUAAUGCCUAUACUGAAGUGGGUCAACCGCCAUACGAUAGUACCCGUCUACGAAGGGAACCAACAAAGAUUAGGCUCACAGAUGGUAGGUCAAACUUUGGAUUGAAUAAGCUUGUGUUUGAAAAAGUGGAAAAUAUUUUCAGGCUCAUUAAAUUCAAUAAUUUUGUAUAGUUUGCGUUCAACAUAUUGUUUAAGGCAGUUGGUCUUAAAAGGUUAAUUUUAGAAUUUAUAAAUAACUUCAUGAACCUAGAAUUGUGAAGAUAUUUACAGGCACUCCCUGUAGUUUUGGACAUCCGACUUAACUGAAGUAGAGAACCAGCACUCUAUGUUAAAAAAAUAUAUUUAAAAACAGAAUACAGACGCUCACCUCAUUACGAAUGAGUUAUGUUCUGAAUGACUGUUUGUACCAUAAAUUUGUUCAUAAAAUGUUUCUGGGUUCGCUGUUGAGGACAAGUAUCUUCUAACAAUGUUUGUGACCUAAGACCUAUAAAUACAAGACAUAAAAGGUAAAAAAUACUGAAAUAAAUAAAUAAUAGAUUUUAAAUAAAGAAUUACUUUACUGUACAGUAUGUACUUUGGAUUGUUGUCUAUGAGGAUGAAGUCAGGAGAAGGCUAGUAGAUCUUUGCGUGUGUGUAUGAGGUAAGGAGGAGGCUAGUAAAUCUUUACAUGUGUGUAUGGGGUGAGGAGGAGGCAAGUAGAUCUUUACAUGUGUGUCAAUGACUGACUCUCCCUCUGAAGACUUUUCUACAAGUAGAGAAGACAUUUGUGGGAUUACACUAAGCAUCAUGAAGACUCAUCUAAAAGUAAAGAAGAUACUUGUCGGAUCACUGUGAGCAUCAUGAAGACUCUUGCUACGUUCCCUUUGUUUAUUUCCAAUAAUUAAGAUUCCCAACAAAUUUCCCUUUGAGGACAGGUUUGUUUGUAUCUGCAAAAGUUAGUAAAAUGAACGUUCCUAAAGUGGGGAGUGUGUGUAUAUAAAGUAGCAGUUAGGUGUAGUUCUCUGUAACUCACAUAAAAACAUUUUAAAAAGUAACUUAACUGUUUUUAAUAUGUCAUGGAUUAAAGGGAAAUUUCAUUUCUUUGCAUUGCUUGUUAUGAAUGAAAACAUAAAAUUUAAACUUAAUGACUUUUACCUAUACAAACUUUUAGCCUUUAUUUAAAAAAUUCUGCAUUUUGCUCGAUAGAAUUAGUAUUAAUAAACAAUUCUGAAUGUAUUUCCUAUUCUUUAAUUAAAAGAAAUUUGAUCCAGUAUAGUGGUACAGGUAGGUAAAUUUACCAAAUUAAACUUAUCUAACAUUUGAAUUGAAUUUUAGACCAAAAUUACUUAAAUAAACUAAUUCAAAUAAUCACUUUGAAUUCUAUCAAUUGCAGGAAAAAUUGUUAAAGGCUUUGAAUUGGCUCUUUUGUCCAUGAGAAAAAAUGAGCUUUCCAGAUUUCUUAUUCGCCAAGAUUAUGCUUAUGGUCAAAUGGGAUGUCCGCCACGCAUUCCUCAAAAUGCAAACAGUAAGUAUCAAAAUUUGUUUCUACUAAAGUACGAAUCGGCAUCAUUAAGUCAGAGGACCAAUAUGCUGAUAGACAAGAAAUCCUAUUUCUUCCCCCACUUCUGGGUUUAAUGUGGAAAAUGUAGAGGGGGAAAAAAACUCAUUAAGGACAAAAACCAUAUGUCCAAAAUGAGAGCUUUCCAAUGGAAGCUAUUUCUUUUUUAGUAGGCUGGUCAUGCUUUUUUAAGUUCUCAGAAGGUUUCCCAACUUAACUGAACGGAAAUUUUGUGAUACACUACCUGGUGUCUUUACAUUUUCUUUUUCACAAACCUCACAUUCUCAUCUGCAUAUGUUAAUUUGCAAACAGUCAAUAGAUGCCUCCUUGCAUAAAUGAUGAGAAAACUUUUACAUGAUAAUGAAGCAUUACAAACAAAUUAAUCACAACACCAAGAUGAGAAAACACACAUUUGAGAGAUUAGCCAUAGGCUAACAAAUUUGUUCAACCAUCGUCGUACCCUGUGAUUACAGGAAGGAUAGGAUAGCUGCAAGUAUUGUACAGGGAAGCAGAACCAUCAGAUUCAGUUUGAGACCAGCAAGCAAUCGUGAUUUAUAUCAUAUAUUCUUUGUAAUAUUAUGAUGUUUAGGCUCUUGCUUCAAAUUUCUUCUACUUCUGUUCUCCAGUCAUAAUGGACAUAGAGGUUAUUCAUUUUGUUGCACAAGAUGGUGUGGAGGACUACUAUGAAAUGACCCCUGUAAGUAUAUUAUAUCAUUACAGCACCACAGUAGGGUUAUGGGACAUAGGAAACUUCAAGCAGUGUAAUCAAUAUAAAUUAUUGUUUUUUUUAAAAUAAUAUUUUAAUAUAUAAAUAAUUCGUCAGCUUCAUUUUCUAUUGACAGGAAGAAAGAAGGUCAAAGCUCGUGUAUAAUGACAUUGAAAAAGUAGUUAAAGCAGAAAAUGCUGUGAGUACUUCUUCUUCUUCUAUAUAUUAAGGGCCCACGAUCAAUUUAUUGAUCAUUUUGGCUCCUAUGUAAGUAUAGGGGAUUUGCAAUGUUUCUGUGCCUGGUGUUGAUGAGGAUAUUUCAAGGUUGCAAGCAAAUGUUCCCUCCAAGGUUUGCUUGUUCGUGUGCAGGAUCAUAGAGUUUUGUGCCAACUCUUAUGGCAUCAAUUUUUUGUGUGCAAAAUUUUACAGCCCACACACAAACACACACACAAACACACACACAAACACACACACAAACACACACACACACGGAAAUUACAUGAAUGAACUUAAGUGCAAAAACUGUCAUAAAAUAAAUAAAGGAACAAUAAUUAAAUAAUUAUAAUCAGAAAUGUUACAAUAGUUCAAGCAAAGCUGCCACAAUAGUUCAAUCGAAGCUAUAUAUAUUUAUAUUAUUUAUCCCGUUGUUGGGUCAGCAACUAAAUUCCAACACAUCCACUACCAAUAGCCGCUAGUCAUUUGAUUCUCUCUUUUUUGGAAGUACUCUGGCGUCUGUCUUUCAAUGAUAUCCAUCUUUAAUACACAUCGUCAAGGCUGAUCUGAUGUCCACCUUUUUUAUACGAUUUAAUCCUCAUAAGCAAGUCUAAAUGUAACUCUUUCAACCUAUUUCUAGAUUUUACUUUUAUAUUAUUCAAUAGGCUGAAUCAACUUUCAUAAUCGGCGCUUGGUGCAAGAAAUGUAGCACAAAUAUCCAACAGAAUGGCAAUAUCGCCAAAUUGCUCCUCAUUUAUUACAAAUCGAACCAUCUCGUCGAAAGUCUGCAUCAAUCCACAUUUCAUUUUUUCUGCAAGCACAAACCUUAAGUUACGAUAUUGAUCCUUAACUUUCUGCAGAAUUUCAUCAUGGUUUUCACAGAAUGACACAUAUCUAGAAACCAGUGCUGCUGUUAAUCUGAAUUGUCGAUUAACGCUGAUAUCUCAAGGAUUCAACUUACUUUCAGGGAAACGAGAGUCCAGGUGUAAACAUAAACGUUUAACGAAUUUUAGAAUAGAACUCAUGUUUAAUUCGUCUUCAUUUGCAAGCAAUUAAGCAACCUCUUCGGACCAGUGCACAUUUUCACCAAGGUACUGGGCACGUAGCUUAGCGAUCCUUGUUUUUACAAACUGGUAUGCCUCAAUGGUCGUAAGAUUUUUUCUUUGUAGCAGCUUGCAUAAUUCAGCAAGUUCACCAACAACUUCAUUAUAGAUAAUCAGUGAAGUUUGAAACUGCGGAUCCCUUAGUUUCUUCAAACAGUACUUAUGAACCGGAUCAUUAUACAGGCCCACCUUCUUCUCACAGUAUUCAGUCAACACUUGUUUCGCAGCAAUGCUCGUAAAGCAAAAUGCUGUGAAAGCUAUCUGAUUUCAUUCAAUGGUCUCAGGGCUGCGGAAUCACAUUCCAACACCUUAGGUAGUUCUGUAAACUGGGCUUUUCAUACUGUUGACCUACUGAUCAAUGUGUACACUGUCCUAAGGAAUGUUUCUGUCAUUAAACUUGUAUGUUUGCAAGCAUCAUAGAUGCCUAAAUCUUCAUCAGUGAAACUUUCUGUUAGUAUUCGCAGUACACCUCCUUACUGUAUAGAACGAAGUCUCUGUGUAUUUUUUGCUUGUUAUGUCAUUUAAGAUAAUCCAGCUUUCAAGUCUCCCAAGUUUUCUAAUUGGAGAAAUCCCCACCUGCAUUAGUUUUGAAGCACAUUUCACAGGAAAAAUAAUCACCUAUUUCGCAAUAUUUAAAAAUAUCACCAAACUUUAAAGUCCGCUCUGACGACGAAUCUUGUAGUGCUGCAUGGACUAAUUCAUUAAACCAUUAGGUUUUAACAUUUGAUAUACACUUUUUCUUAGCAAGCUAUGACUAUGACAGUUCGCUUAACUAACAUUGAGACAUAACGGUUGAAACAUUAUUAAAAAUAAUUAGCUACUAAAUUUAUAAUUAACGAGGCUAGCUUGAUCUGGUAUGUAUCGGUAAUUAUGUAAAUCAAUAGUUCUAAGUAAAAAGUAGAAAACAAAAAUAUAGAUAUGAAUCAAAUUAAAAACAUGUUUGUAUAUUUUAUAAAAAAAACUGUAUAAUUCCGGCUGCAGAGUGCUUGAAUUUAUUUAUAAAAAAUUUGCUGCGUGGAUACUCAAAACUGCUGCGUGGAUACUCAACACUGCUGCACGGCAUCUUUGAGAUAGCUGCGCAGCCAUGCAGCUUAAAGGGACCAUUGGUUGCAAGGUUUACUUUGUGAGGGUAUCAUACACUGGGAUUGAAAGGCCUGAGGCAAUAGACGCAAAUGUGUCAAGUGUUGUCGCCUCAACUGUUCCUUUUGAAAGCUUGUUCCAGUCCUGAUUGACUUUAACAGGAAUGUACAGUUCCUAUAGUGGCUUCUCGCUGGUAUGAGCCAGAAUUGCCUGUCACUUUCUAUGGGGGAGAGGGAUGAGUUUCUGUUUAAUGCUGGAGCAGUGGACCAGCCCAUUAUUUAUUUUCUACAUUAUCUUUAUAUUCUUGUACUUUAUCUGUUUGUUCUUAGUGUCAAUGAAUCAUAUCUGAUUCUUAUUCUGAGGUAUCUGUACUGGAUUUAAAAGCUGUCGAAACUUUAGAAUCACUGAAUCUAAAACUCAUUACAUUAUUUAAAGCUCAAUAUUAAAAAAAAUAGGACCACAGUCAUACAUUUUCUCAAGUUUAUUUCUUUUUGUAAUAGGAAGCAAAGCAAUAUUUUGACGGCAAAAACUACCACAAGGCAUUUGGAAAAUACAGACAUGUAAGUUAAAUAUUGCAAACUCAAAAUUUUAAAACUUUCAUUGUCCUGUAUUUGUCUGGUGUUUUUUUUUUAUUGAUGUUGGGGUAUCAAGUGUUGCUUUAGUGAAUAUACAAAAUAAUUUAUGUUAUGGAUAUAAAAAUAUGUUGAUGGCAGAUAUUUCAAUAUUACUCACAUAUUAAUUGUUAAUACCACAUGGGAUCUUUUGUUUAUGUUUGUAUAUGAAAAAGAUGAAAAUCCCAAGGACACACACACACCCUUUUUAAAAAUAUUUUUAAAAAAAUUAUUUUAAAAAAAUUUUUUUUAUAUACAAGCCUUAAAAAUGAACAAAAGAAACUUCUAAAUAAUUAUAAUUUUGUUCAGCUAUUUUUAGCAGGUUUAAUAUUUGAUCAGAACUUAGAAAAUUUUAUAAUUUUGUUGUUUUCCUCAGGCAAUAAAUAUUUUGGAGAGUUACCACUUGAAGAAUGAAUCAGAAGAAGUCCAAUGGAAAAAACAGUUACAAAAAGUUAACCUGAAUGCUGCCAUGUGCUGUUACAAUUUGAAACAUUUUCGUCGUGCAAUCACUUACUGCAAUUUGGUUCUUAAAAAUGAUCAAGAUUGCAUUAAAGCACACUACUUCAAAGGCAAGGUAAGAAGUACUCUGUAGGAAACAUUCAUCAUCAGUGAUAAGACCAUUUUUUUUUUUUUAAAUUUGUUUAUGCUACAAAUUAAAAUUAAUGUCAAUUAUAAUCAAAAGUAAAGUAAAUUAUUAGUUAACCAAACUCAGGUGAGUUUCUUUGCUCCCAAAGAUAUAAUUUAUAUUCCACUGGUUCAUGAUAAAGUGCUUUUUAAAUCCUUUAUAUUAACUUGGCUUUUGUUCGUGUUUCUUUCUGGCUGGGUGUGUGGCAAAAUCUUCAGAUCGCUAAUUAAUCCACUUCCCGUCAACCUAUUGAGCUGAAAAUUUGGCACAAAGACUCAUUGCUGUUGACAACGCAUUCUAUCAAAAUUUCAAAGCCAGCCCCCAAAAAAUCAGUUUUUCCUGUUUUUCAAGGUGAAGAUCAAGGAAAUAUGAUGACACUUAUUUCACAAAAUAAAAUUCCUGAUAUCUGCGCUAAGGGAGAUUCUUUAACAAAAAUUGCAUGUGCGUUUGGUGCGUAACAUUUUCUUUUGUUUUUCUGAAAUACUUGGUGAAAUAAAUCUGCGGUGUAAAAGCGGGUGGGUCAAAAGAAUGUUAGUGUUCUUUUUUUAAAAUGCAUAUGAAGGAUUUAUUCGAAAAACUUUGUUUUUAAGGGUUUGUUUAAUUUUAUGAAGUAUUAGGAGGAAAAGUACUGUUCUAUUUUUAUUUGAAUAAUAAAUGAAAGAGAAUACAAUUAGAAGCAAGCUGAUACACAUUUUAUGUCUUACUGUAUGAGUCUGAGUGACAUAAAUAGCAUCCAAAUCACCAUUGACUUGAGUAAAAUGUUAUCUGAGAUAAAUAUCAUGGAGAUGGCAAGUCACCAAAACAAAAUUAGAUGUGUGCUUCAGCCACCUGUUUUAGUCACAUAAGUUUUACAUUCACGUGUUAAUUUCAUGAACAGCUUAUAACAACUGCCAGCUUCCUAGGCCUGUUGUAGGUUGAAAUUACAUUUGGGGACUAUUUCAAUUUGAGGUGUGAGUCAUCUUUUUGCUGAACAUUAAUAUCAGUGGUCAGCGGCGUCGACAACUUUAUGAGUUUAUAUUUCUGGACAGGAAAGUAGACAGAGAGAUUGAGUGCAAAGGAAUCGGCUAUCAAAUAGCCCUGCCCAAGAAUGAAGAUUGAGACCAGCUAGCGCCAGUUAGAUUAACACUGUCUUUAUUCAACACUUAAUUACAAUGGCAAACCCGGGCUCUAACUAAAACUCAAAAGAAAAAUUCCUAAGUUGCAAACUGGUAAAAGGAGAAAGGACCUCAUUUGGAACCAGGAAAUAUUAUUAUUAUAAGUGGUUUUAUAUAGCAUGGUACCCCAACCUAGGUAAAUGGCCCAUCUGCAAAUUAUUGUUUGAUGAUCUGGUUAGAAUGCUUGUUGAUCAACCUGGAAUUGCAGGCCUUCCAGUUUCAGACCUGAAGAAUGUCACAGUGUCUGUAGAUUGUCUCUGUUAAGGACACCCUCAAAGUCCACAACAUGAAUCUUCAGCAGGCAUCACACUUUGCAUUACAUCGCCAACUACCUAGAUGCAGCACCUUCCCAUUUGAAGCAGACUGGGGAAAUUUUUUUAACUGUGAAUUUCAGUAAGCUCUUCUCACAAACAAUCUUGGUGUUUUGGUUUCUAAGUUUGUUUUUCUUUAGUUAGACCUGACAAAUUUGGUUGAAAAAUUAGUCUGGUUAGCUUCAUGAAAUCUUUCUUUGUAGGCACUACAUGGUCUUGGCAGCUUUGAAGAUGCAAUAACAAGCCUGAAGGCUGCAAGGAAUAUUGAUCCCAGUAAUGCAGCUGUGUCGAGUGCAUUAAAGAGUGUAGCUAAGUAAUAUAUGCUGAUGAAUUUAAAUAAUGUAAUGCAAGAUAUACCGUUACUCUUGGUUUACACUUUAAAAAGAAGUAUGGAAACUUAAUAUUGUUCAAGUCAUUAUUCUGUACACUAGCUAAUAUUAGUAAUAUGAAGCAGAGGUAACAUUCGGAAAUAAUUUUUUGAUAAGACAAAACAAUUUUUGUUUGAAGGUCAAUUAAAGAAUACCAGCAUUUUGAAAAAAGCAUGUACCAACGAAUGUUUUCUGAAGCAAAUACAGGUCAGUAAAAGUGUAAGCAAUUUCUUUCAUUGAAUUUACCAUUUUAAAAUUCAACUGUAAUAAUGAUUCAUAUGCUAAUUCAAAUCUCUGGUUGUUUUAUAUUUUAUGUCAAUGCAUUUGCCAGGGUAAGGUGAUUAUCAGGCAUUUUUUUUCUAAAAACAUCUUUAUGCAACAAUCGCAUAUCUAAUUCAAAGGGAGCUUCCUGUUAUGAACAUGUAAAAUGUUAUCUCUUUUCCAGAUUCAAAAACCAGUGAAGAACCUAAAAAAGAGCUAGAAGUGCUUGGGGAGAAUGUAUACGGCCCUUGCUCUGAUGCAUUCAAGAAUCUUGUACAAGAACAGUUGAAGUAAGUUUAAUCAUUGUAAUGCACUCUUGAUUCUCUGGUGAUUGAGAUCUGGCUCAGAUUCAGAGAAGAAAUGUUUUAAAAUUAUGUUUUGAGAAAAACACAUCUCAAUGGUUAAUCUGAUGUUAAAAAAUACUGAAGAAUUUGUAAGUUUGCAAAAUGGAUAACCUUGAAAAAUUAAUCAGUAAAAAUAUUUUUCACCAUUUCAUAAUGCUUACUUUAAACAUUUCUAAUCAGAAAAUUUCAAGACAGCAACAUGACGGAGAUGCCCUUUCCCAGCAUACACAUGACAGAGUCUGAAAUUAAAUGCAUCCUUACAACAGCUGUCACUCUUGGCAUGGAUGUUAAACAAAGAGGGACCGUAAGUUAUUCAUAGGCAUAAUGUGGAGUCCUUAUUGCUUGACAUUAAUGCUUCCAAGGGUGAAUUAAGUAACAGAAAAUAUUGGAUAUCAUGAAACUAUUGGAAACAAGUUAAGUGCUGUAGCACUAAAUGAAAACUAGUUAAGUGAUUUAGCUUAAAAUGGACAUAUUAAGUGCUGUGGCACACAAAAAUGCCAACUUCCAACAAUAAGUACAUACUUCAUAAUUUUUUUUAAAUGAUUUUAUUUUCAGUAUAUUCUGUUAAUUAAAAUAUUGUGAUAACAUUCUUUGAACAGUUAAUAAGUUUGGCAAUGAAAUGUUUUAACAUUAUUUUUGUUUUUAUCAAUUUUUCAGGGUAGCUCUGUGCACUAUGAAGUUUACAAAAAGUCUGUCAAGCUUGAGUAAUGUAAAUGUUACAAACGCUGCAAAAAUAUUGUUUUGUUUUACGGUUGUGUACAUGAGUUACUGGAAAUAAGACUUUUCAAGUCAAAUUUAAUUUGCAUUUUAGUUAAAAUUUGAAAAAGAUGAAUAACUGAAUUGAUAUCAUUGUGCACGAGAGUGUUAGUACCGGUACCUACGAUAAAUUUAAGAGUAUUUGAACAAUGAUCAACUUUAAGUUUUGAUUCAGGCUCUGUGUACUUUUACUCAUAAUACAUAUAUUUUUUUAAUGUUUAUGAGCAUAAAAUUACGGAUCUUUGAUCUGAAGUAUACACUCUUUUCAUGUUAUUUUAGCUUUACUUCCAUUUUUAUGUUAUGGCUGCUGCACGAAAAACCAGCUUUCAUUUUUUUUAAAGUUGAUGUUUUAUAUAUGCUUAAAAUAAAGUGUUAAUUCAAAA